CCUGACUGAUGUAUGCUUUCUCAGCACUAAGAAUGAACCUUACCCGAGGUGGCAGCGCUGUUCACUAAGCCCCUAGGGGUAACGUCACUCCCCUGGCAUAUCAGCCCCUGUCCUCUAGUCGUCCACCACAUCACCACAGAGAACGUCAAGAUCGCAUCCAUCUUCAACUAGAAAUGGUUUACAAACUACAUCUGACCCAGGCAAUCCUCCCCGAUUCCGUGCGUAUCGGCAAGGAGUCAUUCAAAUGCUCCGGUAUGCAUGCAGGCUAAAGCGUAUUCUUGUGAAUUUGGGAAAGGUAAUUUAAAGUGGAAAGUGCGUGUGCGUCGAGUAGGCUAUGAUUUGUGACAAAGGACAUAUAAAGAAGAGGAAGCUACAUCAGUAACUUCAGGUCUCAUUGCGAAAGCGCCUUUAUACAAGACCACGGAAUAAUCAUGCCUGUUCGGAGAGGUCACGUUGCGCCACAAAAUACAUUUCUUGGAAUAAUAAUAAGGAAAUUCGAGGGACAGAAUAGGAAAUUUGUUAUAGCCAAUGCCCGGGUACAGAACUGUGCGAUCAUCUACUGUAACGACGGCUUCUGUGAGAUGACCGGCUAUUCCAGACCGGAUGUCAUGCAGAAGCCGUGCACCUGUGACUUCCUCCACGGCGAGCACACGGACGCACAUGCCAUCAGCCAGGUGGACCAGGCUCUGAUGGGCUCAGAGGAGCGCAAGGUGGAAAUCACAUAUCACCGCAAAGAUGGGUCAGACUUCCAGUGCUACACUCACAUAAUCCCGGUGAAGAACGAGGAAGGCGUAGUGAUGCUGUUCAUCCUAAACUUUGAUUACGUCCUUGAGGAAGGAAGCAGCGACUCGACAGAGAAACUGAACCACACAUCCCCGGAAAGAACUGAUUCCAGAAAGGGACGAUUCUUCCGAUUCCGCCAGGCUGCCUUGAGUCUGGUCUCCAACAAACAGUCUCUUCCACAAGAGGACCCAGAUGCCGUCAUGGUGGACUCACCCUCCUCCUCGGUGGCUCUGACCAAUUUCCAGUCUCCUCCGACCAAGGAAAACUGCAGCCCCACCAAUGCCAAAGACACACGGGCCCUCAUCAGCUCCAGCCACCACUCCUCCCAGGCCAGUUUGCAUGGACCGGGACCCCUGAGCCACUCCUCUCCCAAGCAGUACCCCUGGGAAAGGCUGUACCAGACGGAGGCGCACCAGUCCACCACCUGCCUGGCACACACCAUCUCCAGAGGCAGCAUCAGCGGGAGCAGCAUGAGGCGAGCGUCCUCCGUCCACGACAUAGAAGGCUUCAGCAACUCCAAGAGCAUGUUCAGGGACCGACACGCAAGUGAAGACAAUGGUCGCUAUAUCAGAGGUCCGUUCAAUCAUUUCAAGUCCAGUUUGCUGGGCUCCACCUCGGAGUCCAACAUCAACAAGUACAGCACCAUCAACAAGAUCCCGCUGAUUGCGCUCAACUUCGCAGAGCGGAAUAACGAAAAUAAGGCACAAUCUCCUCCAUCGUCAGAAAACACUAUCAUAGCACCCAAGGUCAAGGACAGAACGCACAACGUCACUGAAAAAGUCACACAGGUACUGUCACUUGGCGCUGAUGUCCUUCCGGAAUACAAGCUCCAGACUCCACGCAUGGACAGAUUCACCAUCCUCCACUACAGUCCCUUCAAAGCUAUGUGGGACUGGCUCAUCCUGCUGCUGGUCAUCUAUACAGCCAUCCUUACUCCCUACUCUGCUGCUUUCCUACUCAAUGACCGCGAGGAGCAAAUGAGGCGCGAGUGUGGAUACUCCUGCAAUCCCCUGAAUGUGGUGGAUUUCAUGGUGGACAUCAUGUUCAUCGUUGACAUUGUUAUCAACUUCCGGACCACCUACGUGAACCUGAACGAGGAAGUGGUCAGCCAACCAGGGAAGAUCGCCAUUCAAUACUUCAAAGGCUGGUUCCUUAUAGACAUGGUGGCUGCGAUCCCCUUUGACCUGCUUAUCUUCGGUUCAGGAUCAGAUGAAACCACCACUCUGAUUGGCCUGUUAAAGACAGCCCGACUGCUGCGAUUGGUGCGUGUGGCCAGGAAACUGGAUCGUUACUCUGAGUAUGGAGCUGCUGUGCUAAUGCUACUCAUGUGCAUCUUUGCACUUAUUGCUCACUGGCUAGCCUGCAUAUGGUACGCCAUUGGCAAUGUGGAGAAGCCUUACCUGGAGCACAAGAUUGGUUGGCUCGACAAUCUGGGGGUCUCCAUUGGCAAGAGGUAUAACUACAGUGACCCUAGUUCUGGGCCCUCCAUCAAGGACAAAUAUGUCACAGCACUUUACUUCACGUUCAGCAGUCUAACCAGCGUGGGCUUUGGGAAUGUCUCCCCAAAUACCAACUCAGAAAAGAUCUUCUCCAUCUGUGUCAUGCUGAUCGGCUCCCUCAUGUAUGCCAGCAUCUUUGGUAACGUGUCAGCCAUCAUCCAGCGGCUGUACUCGGGCACGGCCAGGUACCACACCCAGAUGCUGCGGGUUCGAGAGUUCAUCCGCUUCCACCAGAUCCCCAACCCCCUAAAGCAGAGACUGGAGGAGUACUUCCAGCACUCCUGGACCUACACCAACGGCAUCGACAUGAACACGGUGUUAAAAGGAUUCCCUGAGUGUCUUCAGGCAGAUAUCUGCCUCCACCUCAACCAGGAUCUGUUGGAGAGCUGCAAGGCCUUCCAUGGAGCUACCAAGGGCUGCCUGAGAGCCCUGGCCAUGCGCUUCCAGACCACCCACGCCCCCCCAGGGGACACCCUGGUCCACUCUGGAGACGUCCUCACCGCACUUUACUUCCUGUCUCGGGGCUCCAUAGAGAUCUUGAAGGAUGACAUUGUGGUGGCCAUUCUGGGGAAGAAUGACAUCUUUGGAGAAAUGAUCCAUCUGUACGCCAAGCCUGGGAAGUCCAAUGCGGAUGUCAGAGCCCUGAGUUACUGUGACCUGCACACGAUCCAGAGGGAAGAUUUCUUGGAGGUGCUUGACAUGUACCCUGAGUUCGCAGAUUUUUUCCUGAAAAAUCUGGAGCUGACAUUCGACCUCAGAGACGAGAAUGGCAAGGCUGCGUAUUCUCACGCUAGUGAUUCCGAUCGAGAAGAUGUUAAGAGCACAAAGAGCACAAGAAGAAUCUCCUUCACACCACAUCCAACUAAAGGAGGAAGCAACAAGGAAACGGAAAAUAACUCGGAGAGGGAGUCCUACUCAGGACUAAAGAGAGCUUCAGUUGACCUGAAACACUCAGGGAAGGAGGAGCAGAGGUUCCUGGGGCCGGCCAUCCAGGAGUGUCCCUCGGUGGAAGUCCCUGCACUGAGGCUCGACUCCGGUAACACCAGAGACACCCAGGCAAGAGACAGCAUGGAGAUAACUCCCUCUUAUGACAAUAACAUUGAUGUGUGCAAUGACAAAUGGGACUGCGAGAAGCCCCAAAACUACCUGGAUGAGUCAGCACAAUUGCAGGACCUGAGGGGCGAGGAUGACGACACCAGUGAAAUCACAUACGGAGAGGUGGAGCAGCGCUUAGAUCAGCUCCAAGAGCACUUAAACAGGUUGGAGUCCCAGAUGACAUCAGAUAUUCAGACCAUCCUGCAGCUCCUGCAGAGGCAGUCUACGCUGGGACCUCCUGCCUAUAGCACUGUGACUGCCAGUCCAGACUAUCAAAGGCCUGCUGUUAGGGUUCAGCCAAUCGCUGCUUUGACCAGCAGCCAUUGCUUCAGCCAUUCAUCACCACAAAGUCCUGAACUUAACUUGGAGAGGAGCCAUCAGGAAUUCAAAGACUCUGUGUCAGGCUUGGCUUAUAUGGAGGAUUCACCCAGAGAGGACAGCCUUACAGUACUACUUGUGCAAAGACACACAUACAGCAAACCCAACACAGAGCAUCAGCAUUCCAAAUCUAGGCCAGUCUCAGACCCAGGGCCUCCAAGGCCAUAGAGCUACACUACCAGUCAAAAGUUUUAGAACACCUACCCAUUCAAGGGUUUUUCUUUAUUUUUACUAUUUUCUACAUUGUAGAAUAGUAAUGAAGACAUCAACACUAUGAAAUAACACAUAUGGAAUCAUGUAGUAACCAAAAAAAGUGUUAAACAAAUCAAAAUAUAGUUUAUAAUUAAGAUUCUUCAAAUAGCCACCCUUUGCAUUGAUGACAUAUUUGCCCGCUCUUGGCAUUCUCUCAACAGCUUCAUGAGGUAGUCACCUGGAAUGCAUUUCAAUUAACGGGUGUGCCUUAAAAGUUAACUGUGGAAUUUCUUUCCCUCUUAAUGCAUUUGAGCCAAUCAGUUGUGGUGUGACAAGGUAGGGGUGGUAUAAAGAAGAUAGCCUAUUUUGUAAAAGACCAAGUCCAUAUUAUGGCAAGAACAGCUGAAAUAAGCAAAGAGAAAUUACAGUCCAUCAUUACUUUAAGACGUGAAGGUCAGUCAGUACGGAACAUUUCAAGAACUUUGAAAGAUUCUUUAAGUGCAGUCGCAAAAACCAUCAAGCGCUAUGAUGAAACUGGCUCUCAUGAGGACCGUCACAGGAUGGAAGACCCAGAGUCACCUCUGCUACAGAGGAUAAGUUCAUUAGAGUUACCAGCCUCAGAAAUUGCAGCCCAAAUAAAUGCUUCACAGAGUUCAAGAAACAGACACAUGUCAACAUCAACUGUUCAGAGGAGACUGUGUGAAUCAGGCCUUCAUUUUUCGAAUUGCUGCAAAGAAACCAACACUAAAGGACACCAAUAAGAAGAAGAGACUUGCUUGUGUCAAGAAACACAAGCAAUGGACAUUAGACCGGUGGAAAUUUGUCCUUUGGUCUGGUGUCCAAAUUUGAGAUUUUUGGUUCCAACCAGUGUCUUUGUGAGACGUGGUGUGGGAGAACGGAUGAUCUCUCCAUAUGUAUUUCCCACCUUAAAGCAUGGAGGAGGAGGUGUUAUGGUGUGGGGGUGCUUUGCUAGUGACACUGUGAUUUAUUUAGAAUUCAAGGCACACUUAACCCGCAUGGCUACCACAGAAUUCUGCAGUGAUAUGCCAUCUGGUUUGGACUUAAUGGGACUAUCAUUUGUUUUUCAACAGGACAAUGACCCAACACACCUCCAGGCUGUGUAAGGACUAUUUGACCAAGAAGGAGAGUGAUGGAGUGCUGCAUCCGAUGACCCGGCCUCCACAAUCCCCUGACCCCCAACCAAAUUGAGAUGGUUUGGGAUGAGUUGGACUGCAGAUUGAAGGAAAAGCAGCCAACAAGUGCUCAGCAUAUGUGGGAACUCCUUCAAGACUGUUGGAAAAGCUUUCCAGGUGAAGCUGGUUGAGAGAAUGCCAAGAGUGUGCAAAGCUAUCAUCAAGGCAAAGGGGGGCUGUUUGAAGAAUCUCAAAUAUAAACUAUAUUUUGAUUUAUUUAACAGUUUUUUGGUUACUACAUGAUUCUAUAUGUGUUAUUUCAUAGUUUUGAUGUGUUCACUAUUAUUCUACAAUGUAGAAAAUAGUAAAAAUCAAGAAAAACCCUUGAAUGAGUUUGUGUUCCAAAACAUUUGACCGGUAGUGUAGAUCUCUCCUUUCUGUUUGCCUGUCUUCUCUCUCCGAAGUGUGACUCAGGGUAUCUUUGACUAUUUAUUGCAUUUCAAUAUGUGAAGUAUCUUGUAGUUUUCCUCCUGAAAUGAUGUGCAUCAUUAAUGAUGUACAUGGACACCCUUGAUGUUACACUGCCAGCAACACAGACACCAUACGUGCUUGUUUAGGUAGAUAGGCUAAUGUGAUUGACUGGGAGUGUUAUUGUUGCAUGGUAGCUUUGAGUCAUACUUCUGAUAAGCAAGUGUGAUGUUGGAAUGUUCACAAGGCAGUACAUUGGUUUUCACCUUAGUAUGUUAAACAAUUUUGCACUGCUUAUUUGAACCAAAAGUAGCAUACAAUAUACUCUAUGAUAAUGGCAUUGUCUGUAUACUUCUGACUUUUUUGUUUGAGAUUCCAGUUUUACUACAUUAUUAUGCAUACACAGUAUUACAGUGCCUUGCAUAAGUAUUCACAUUUUAUUCUGUUACCACCUGGAACUAAAAUUGAUUUAAUUAGGAGUGGGAAAAAAACAUUUACUAAGAAAAAAUUCACCCCCUUUGCUGUGACACCUCUAAAUAAGCUCUGGUGUUAUAAAAAAAUAUCCCAAAACUUUGAACAACCCCUGGAGGCCGUCUACCAAAACUCAGUGACCGGGUAAGGAGGGAAUUAGUCAGAGAAGCAACCAAGAGGCCACUGGUAACUCUGAAGGAGCUGGAGAGAGACACAGCUGAGAUGGGAGAAACCAUCCAUGUGACAACUAUCACCCGGAUGCUUCACAAAGCUGGGCUUUAUGGAAGAGUGGCGAGAAGAAAGCCAUUGCUGAAAAAAAAACAUAUCAAAUCCCAUUUGGUAGACACAGCAAACAUGUUGAGAAGGGUUCUUAAACUUUUUGGCCUUAGAGCAAAACGCUAUGUGUGGCACAAAGCCAGCACUUCUCAUUACGUUGAAGCAUAGUGGUGGCAGCAUCAUGUUAUGGGGAUGCUUUUCAUCGGCAGGGACUGGGAAACUGGUCAGGAACGAGGGCAAGUAGGAUGGAGACAAAUUAAUGGAGAUUCUAGAGGAAAACCUGUUUCAGUCUGCUAGAGACCUGGGACUGGGGCAGAGGUUCACCUUCCAGCAGGACAAUUGAGUGCUCCUUGGUCUUCAUGCUGCUGCUUGCUUAGUGGUGCCCCUUGCUUACUGGUGUUGCAGACUCUGGGGACUUUCAGAACAGGUGUAGCUAUACUGAGAUCAUGUGACAGAUCAUGUGACACUUAGAUUGCACACAGGUGGACUUUAUUUAACUAAUUAUUUGACUUCUGGAGGUAAUUGUUUGCACCAGAUCUUAUUUAGGGGCUUCACAGCAAAGGGGGUGAAUACAUAUGCACGCACCACUUUUCCGUUUUUUAUUUUGUAGAAUUUCUUAGAAAGAAGUUAUUUUUUUAAUUUCACUUCACCAAUUUGGCCUAUUUUGUGUAUGUCCAUUACAUGAAAUCCAAAUAAAAAUCCAUCUAAAUUGCAGGUUGUAAUGCAACAAAAUAGGAAAAACAUCAAGGGGGAUGAAUACUUUUGCAAGGCACUGUAUGCAAGGCAUAAUGUUAUGUAACACAUGGAGAGACAAAUGUUAGCUUAUCAAUAGGCCCAUGAGAUAUAGAUGGGGUAUUGUGCCUAUAACUAAAUCCAAAUAUCGAAUCAGUAUGUUUAUGUAGCCUACAUACUGCACAUUCUCAUCAGCAAAAUCACAUUGUUUUCCAGUGCAUUCUGUUAUCAUAGACAUUGAUUAAACGUAUUACAUCUGCACAUUAAUAUAACAUCUUAUAGGAAAGACAUGUAAAAAAUAUCUUUCUUAUUUUUAUUUGUUAAGAAAUAUACUGUAUUAUUAAAGGAUGGGGUGCAAUUGAAAUGUUAGUGAUGGGUAGCAUAUGUUUUUCCUGAAGCUAUGGGAGCAAUAAAAUGAAAACAAAAAUUUAGGCUACUUUUGAAGAACUUUCAAAUGACUGACCUUUUUUCUACAAAGAUUUGUCCACCACAUCUUUUCGUGGGGACAUGUUUUUUGCACUAAAGGCUGCUUGAAUACUCAGCAGUGCAAUUAUUUUGUCUCAUGCAUGUAUUUAGAAUCCAGUACGUUAUCAAUGUUGUACUACAGUAUUUAAACAUAUGGCAUUACAAAUGCCCUUGCUUUCUCUUCAAUUUAAAAUCAUGAAGACAAGACAGUAUAACGUGCAUGUCCAAAGGACUGAAACGUUAAAGAAGUAAAAGGAUUUUGGUUCCAUGAUUACUGUAUUAUAAUGAUAGAAUGAGUGUCACAGAAGUCCAUUCCCAAGUAAAGACACAUACCAGAGUAACAGGCAGUAAAUAUAUGGUCACAAUAUUCCAACUAAUUCAUUUGUUUAUUUUGACAUUGAUUCUGUCAGCUGUUACCUAAAUGAACAUUCCCUUAAAUGAGUAGCCUAGUUAUUGUAUUGUAUGGUAAGUAAAUACAUGGUAAAGGCCUUAGUAAGCUUUUGCGUAAAUUGGCCGGAUUCACACACACACUAGAGGAACAGGGAAACAUGAAUUUAUUGGUCUAGUUUUCACUUAUGUUUUUGAUGCAUUCUCACUUUUACACUCCCCUAAACAUGAUUGAAAUGUUUCUGCUCUAAAAGGGAUUACAGAUUUAAAAAAUGUAUGAAAUACAAUUGAUUUGGUUAAUUACCUUGUCUAUUUUAUGGAAUAAAAAGUAUAUUGAAUACAA